AUGUGGCAUCCAAUCUCCUGGACACCACGUGCCCAGUGGUCACCAAACCACUUAAAGCUAGUCACUGUCUAUGUCCUGAUGCUCUUGGUGUCACUCAGCUUUGCUUCGGGACAGAGCAGGCCAUUUAAACAUCAGAUAGACAACAGAAGUCCUGAGAUUGACCCUUUUUGGUAUGUGGGCCGUGGUGUUCGCCCCAUCGGUCGCUUUGGGAAGAGGCAGCUGAGAAGCAGCCGUGGCAGCCUGACACCUGUGAGCAGACACCUGGAUUUCAUCUUGAAUGCGUUGUGGGAGCAAAAAUCAUUGGACACAGAGGACAGUGACUGGUGA